AUGCCUCGACGGGCGAAGAAGGUCGAUGGAGAUGCGUUCACUGCUGAUCGCCAGCUGGAGGACACGCUGCAACAGUCAGCUGCAGCUGAUGCUUUGCUGGAAGACGAUGAGCAUGGAAGCCGGUACUACGGCAGAAAACAUAGGCCUGUGGUGACGGGGCCUUCAAAACGCAAGACAUACCCCCUGGCUGAAGAUGAUACCCCUUCUACCUCAGCGUAUCAUCACCGCGAGACCAGCAGAGAGCGCUACAGUGUUGAUGUAGCCAACACGUACCCGCCAUCAUCUCAGAAACGGGCCCGGUCGUCUAACGACUGGUCAGCCAGAGGCGGAGAGCCUGACUCGAACGGUCCGACUGCCCGAGAGCUGCCGGAACCGCCGACUCUUCGUUCUCGCAGAGGACAGGACGUGGCAGAGUUCAAGGAGAGACAGGAACGCCAGUCUCGAUUCCUAGAGGGCAGUAUGAACGACAAGGUCAGCACGCAGCCACCGUCUGCCUUUAUAGGGGAGGACCAGGAGUACCUUCUCUCGACCUAUAUGAAUGAACACAACGGUGUCAACAGUGCUCGUGCAAACGGAUGGCAGUCUACUGUACAGACGCCCGUAACUCCCACGCUGCAUGGCAAGAAAACGUCUCUAUCUUCAGUCAAGACGGUUGAUGCCGAUGCUGCCGACUCCAAACAGUCGAGUGUUUUCCGGUUUGGAAAAGCAAUUGUUUCUGCAUUCAACCCUAUCGGUGUAUGGGGGAACGUCUCUGAAAUCUGGAAGGGCCAUGAUUCGUCGUCCAAGGAGUCAGGCUCUCGAGAGAUGCUGGCGGACAUGCCUCAUGCUGCGCGCAUCGAAAAGGCAUACGAGGAAUAUAAGGCCUCUGCUGCCUACAGGAGCAUACGGCUACUCGGGGGAUGA